AUGGCCGAGCAGCAGCAGCAGCAGCAGCAGCCGCCGCCGCGCGCUGGCAAACGAGGCAGCAUCAGUAUGUACGACCCCGCGCGGGACCGAUGGGAGGAGCAGCAGCAGCAGCAGCCGAUGGAUCGAAGUGAUCCACCGGUGUUGACUUUGGGGACAUCACAGGUAAGUCUCAGCCUCCGGCUACUGGAUGAUUCUAUCGCGACGUUAAAUUCUCCUCAUCCUGCAACCACCCUAUCCCUCGCCGAGCCGUCCUUGAUUCAGUCUCCGAUUCCGACACCAGCAUCGCCAUCUCAACCCGCACAUCAACAUAAGACAUCUGCAUCUGUAUCGAGCACGAUGGGUGACUACUACCGCUCUGGGUCCGCUCACGCCGAAUCCGCAGAAGGCGACUACGCGUACGACCACGCGACCGACCACAAACGCAAGCUGGACGACGAGCCCGCCGAAGCCACCUACACAACCGAUCGACCCGUCUCGAAGCGCAAGCGUCUCGAAGAACGACACCAGAAACUCCGGAAACGCGGGCAAGCUCCCCCGUCUGCAUACUCACGACGAGACGGCGAUGAAGUCUCUAGUCGACCCGCACCGCCGCCCCGAUCUCCCUCCCCGGAUCUGCCGCCCCGGUCGCCCACGCCGGAAACCCGUCAGCGCAAGCGACCGGGUGGUGGUGCUCGACGGGGUCUGGUGGAUCGGGAGACGCUGCGACGGAGACAGGAGGAGCGAGAACGCGCACAGGAAGAAGAUGCGAUUCGGAACUCGCAGAGUCGGGGCAUGACGGAUAUUGUUCGCCAGCAUUAUAACGCCGUCCCGCAGCGUGGUCGGGAGUGGCGCAAGACGGAGAGUAAGAUUAAGGGUCUGCGCAGUUUCAAUAACUGGGUGAAGAGUACGUUGAUCCAGAAGUUUUCGCCGGAUGAGGAGUUUGUGGCGCGGUCGAUUGGUACGAAGGACUGGGCGGAUGGGACGGGGCCUCCGCCGGUGGAGGAGAAGCGGCUCUUGGUGAUUGAUCUGGGAUGUGGCAAGGGAGGGGAUCUGGGCAAGUGGCAGCUGGCGCCGCAGCCGGUGGAUCUCUACGUGGGAUUGGAUCCGGCGGAGGUGUCGGUCAAUCAGGCGCGCGAGCGGUAUAUGGGGAUGCGGACGGGUCGGGGGCCCCGUGGCCGUCGGGGACCUCCGCUGUUUCAUGGGGAGUUUCGGUCGAAGGACUGCUUUGGGGAGUGGUUGGGGGAUGUGGAUAUUGUUCAGCAGGUGGGGAUUGAUUCCAAUGCUGGGCCGGGAGGGUCAGUGAUGAGCUCGCGAUGGGGCGGUGGUGGGUUCGAUGUGGUGGCGUCUAUGUUCGCGAUUCACUACGCUUUUGAGAGCGAGGAGAAGGCCCGACAGAUGCUGCGCAAUGUAGCUGGGUGUUUACGGAAGGGUGGCCGGUUCUUGGGCGUGUGUCCGAACUCGGAUGUGAUCAGUGCCAAGGUGGCCGAGGCCAAUGCCAAACGCAAGGACCGCGAGAAGACGCAGAAGGAGGCGGAGCCCGAGGAUGGUGAAGUGGAAGAGGAAGGCAAGGUGGAAUGGGGGAAUUCCAUCUACCGGGUACAGUUUCCAGGCGAGACACCUGAAGAUGGAGUGUUUCGGCCGCCGUUUGGCUGGAAGUACAGCUACUUUAUGGAGGAAGCGGUGGGAGAGGUUCCGGAGUAUGUGGUGCCGUGGGAGGCGUUUCGCGCAUUGACGGAGGAGUACAAUUUGGAGCUACAGUACCGCAAGCCAUUCUUGGAGGUGUGGCGGGACGAGAAAGACGACGCGGAGCUGGGACCGUUGAGCGAGCGGAUGGGCGUGCGGGAUCGUCAUACAGGGGAGUUGGCGAUGACGCCGGAGGAGCAGGAGGCAGUUAGUUUCUACCAUGCGUUUUGUUUCUACAAGGUGUAA